GCUUCUUCCGCAAGAGCGUGGAGGUGCUGGAGGAGGAGGAGCGGGGCGAGCGCGGCGGCGACCCCGGCCCGCGGGGCGACCCCCGGCUCGGGGGGGGCGAGGAGGGCGAGGAGGAGGCGGAGAUGAAGGCCGUGGCCACCUCGCCCGGUGGCCGCUUCCUCAAGUUCGACAUCGAGCUGGGGCGCGGCGCCUUCAAGACGGUCUUCAAGGGCUUCGACACCGACACCUGGGUGGAGGUGGCCUGGUGUGAGCUGCAGGACCGCAAGCUGACCAAGGCAGAGCAGCAGCGCUUCAAGGAGGAGGCCGAGAUGCUCAAGGGGCUGCAGCACCCCAACAUCGUCCGCUUCUACGACUCCUGGGAGUCCUCACUCCGCGGCAAGAAGUGCAUCGUCCUCGUCACCGAGCUCAUGACCUCGGGCACCCUCAAGACGUACCUCAAGAGGUUCAAGGUGAUGAAGCCGAAGGUGCUGCGGAGCUGGUGCCGGCAGAUCCUGAAGGGGCUGCAGUUCCUGCACACGAGGACGCCGCCCAUCAUCCACCGUGACCUCAAGUGCGACAACAUCUUCAUCACCGGCCCCACCGGCUCCGUCAAGAUCGGCGACCUGGGGCUGGCCACGCUCAUGCGCACGUCCUUCGCCAAGAGCGUCAUCGGGACCCCCGAGUUCAUGGCCCCUGAGAUGUAUGAGGAGCGCUACGACGAGUCCGUGGACGUCUACGCCUUCGGGAUGUGCAUGCUGGAGAUGGGCACGUCCGAGUACCCCUACUCCGAGUGCCAGAACGCCGCCCAGAUCUACCGCAAAGUCACCAGCGGCAUCAAGCCAGCGAGUUUCCACAAGGUGACGGACCCCGAGGUGAAGGAGAUCAUCGAGGGCUGCAUCCGGCAGAACAAGGCUGAGAGGCUGUCCAUCCGGGACCUGCUGGACCACGCGUUCUUUGCCGAGGACACGGGGCUGCGCGUGGAGCUGGCCGAGGACGACGCGGGGCUGGACCCGGCGCUGGCGCUGCGGCUCUGGGUGGAGGACCCCAAAAAGCUCAAGGGCAAGCACAAGGACAACGAGGCCAUCGAGUUCAGCUUCAACCUGGAUGCCGAUGUCCCCGAGGAGGUGGCCUAUGAGAUGGUGAAAUCUGGGUUCUUCCACGAGAGCGACUCCAAGGCCGUGGCCAAAUCCAUCCGGGACCGGCUGGCGCUGGUGAGGAAGACGCGGGAGAAGAAGCAGGCGGAGAGCAGGGGGGGCCCCGAGAGCCGGGGGGGCCCCGAGAGCGAGGACACCGAGGUCGAUCAGCACGUGCGGCAGCAGCUGCUGCAGGAGCAGCCUCCCCCCGGCCCUGCUGAGGGGGUCCUGGAAAACGCCCCAGGACCUGAUGUCCCCGGUCCCUGUGGUGUCACCGGAGCAUCUGAGCAGCUCUGGGGGUACCCACAGGGACCCCAGGAUGGACUGUCCCCCGCUGUGCCACCACCGGUGACCCAGGGGACCGAGGGGACAGCAGAGGAUGGCACUGGAGGAGCCACCACGGAGCCACCUGGGCCGGAGGGGGACCCCUGUGGCUGUGGCGGGGGGUUGGUGACAGUGGGGUCACAGCCACAGGUGGCACCCGGGGCACCGGGGCCAGGGAUGGCGCCAAGAGUGACAGCGGGGGUGGCACUGCCAGCUGCAGGCGUGACAACGGCUCCUGGAGUGUCACCAGUGCAAGGGGUGCCACCUCCUACUGGAGUGCCACCAGCUUCGGCGGGGACACCAGCUCUGGGGGUGACACCAGCUCUGGGGGUGCCACCUCCAGCUGGAAUGCCACCAGCUCUGGGGGUGACACCAGCCCAGGGGAUGCCACCAGCUCCAGGGGUGACACCAGCCCCUGGGAUGCCACCUGCUCCAGGAGUGCCACCCCCAUCUGGGGUGCCACCACAGCUGGUCCCCAUGGUGCAGCUGCAGCCAGGCCUUGGAAUGCCACCGACAGCCCCUGGGAUGCCACCAGCCCAGGGGAUGCCACCAGGUCCAGGAAUGCCACCACCAUCUGGGAUGCCACCAGCCCAGGGGAUGCCACCACAGCCAGUCCCCACCAUGCAGCCGCAGCUGGUGCCAGGGAUGUCACCAGCUCCAGGGAUGCCACCAGUGGUGGGGAUGUCACCAGCUCUGGGGGUGCCACCUCUGUCCAUCAUGACACCAGUCAUGGGGAUGUCACCGGCCCCAGAGAUGCCAGCUCCAUCCAUGAUGCCACCAGCCCAAGGGAUGCCACCUCCAUCUGUGAUGCCACCAGUCAUGGGGGUGUCACCAGCCCCAGGGGUGCCACCUGCACAAGGGAUGCCACCACCAUCCAUGAUGCCACCAGCCUCAGAGAUGCCACCACCAUCCAUGGUGCCACCAGCACAAGGAAUGCCACCAGCACAAGGGAUGCCAGCUCCACCCAUGAUGCCACCAGCCCAAGGGAUGCCAACUUCAUCCAUGAUGCCACCAACCCCAGGGGUGCCAUCACCAUCUGUGCUGCCACCAGCCCCGGGGAUGUCACAAGCUCCAGAGAUGCCACCACCAUCCAUGAUGCCACCAGCCAUGGGGAUGCCACCAGCCCCAGAGAUGCCACCGCCAUCCAUGAUGCCACCAGCCAUGGGGAUGCCACCAGCCCCAGAGAUGCCACCACCAUCCCCAAUGCCACAACCCCCUACGCUCCCUGGCUCCGAGGACCCCUCGGUGCCCGCCGAGGCUGCGUCCCUGCUGCGCGUCCCCGAUGUCCCCGAAGUCCCCGGGCCGCGUGCCCGGCAGCGCCGUGCGUCGUGCCAGCGCCCCGCCCGCUUCCAGCUCACCGUGCUGCAGGUGUCCUCAGCUGGGGACAACACGGUGGAGUGCCAGCUGGAGACCCACGACAGCAAGAUGGUCACCUUCAGGUUUGACGCGGACGGGGACGCGCCCGAGGACAUCGCCUGCUACAUGGUCGAGGACAACUUUGUCCUGGAGGGGGAGCGGGACAAGUUCGUGGAGGAGCUCAAGGCUAUCGUGGAGCAGGCGCGGGGGCUCCUUGGGACCCCUGCCCCAGACCCCCAGGUGGGACCCCUGGAGCCGCCAGCGGGUGGAGAAGGUCCCCCCCAGUCGUCACCCGUGGGGCGCUGGAGGUUCUGCAUCAACCAAACCAUCCGGAACCGCGAGGCCACCGGCCCCGGGGGACCCCCACCUGCCCGGAGAGCCCUGGAGACAUCUCAGGGGGGUCCCCAAGGACAGGGGACAAACAAGAGCGGAGCGUCGGAGCAGGAUGGGCCAGGGGGGCCGGAGACAGAGGUCCCCAAAGCCCAGGAGCUGGAUGUCCCCCAGGGACAGGAGUCAGCUGUCCCCAAACCAGAGGAGCUGGGUGUCCCCCAGGCUUUGGGAACAGCUGUCACCGGUCCCCAGGAGGUGGCUGAACCCAUGGCACCAGAGAGGAUCAACCCUGAACCACAAGAUCUGGGGGCUCCCCAAGGCCCGGGGCUGAGUGUCCCCAGCCCUUGCCAGCAGGAGGGACCUGGACACCCGGACAUGGCUGUCCCCAAACCUCCGGAGCUCAAUGGCCACCAAGAGCCCCUCAUCCCUGGGGAUGCAGAGCCAGGUGUCCCCCAGGGACAGGGGACAGUCACUGCCCUGUGGGAGCAGGAGGGACCUAGGGAACCGCCUGACCCCCCAGAGCUGGAUGUGUCCCAAGAGCCAGGUGACCCCCAAGGACUGGGGACAUUCGUCACUGGACCCCCAGAGCCACCAGGUGACCCCCAAGGACUGGGGACAUUCGUCACCGGUGCUUGGGGGCAGGAGGGACCCACAGGACCAGAGGCCGUGCCCCCCGCCCGCCCCCCGCCCGGGGGCGCGUCGUUCCCGCUGGGGCUGUGCCCCCGCCUGCGCAGCCCCCGCAAGGGCUGGGGGCGCCGCAUCAAGAGCUGGGCCCGGCGCCUGCGCCCCCCCUCCGGCGGGGGGGACCCCCACACAGCCCUUCAUGUAUCCCCCCAUGUGCCCCCCAUUUACACCCCUCAUGUGCUCCCCCUGUACCCCCCAUUUCCACCACCUGUGUGCCCCCCCCCCCUGCUACCCCCGGGGUCCCCCGAGACCCCCCUGAGCAGCGAUGGGGACUCGGAGCCUGAGGACGAGGCGCUGCGGGAGCAGCUGCGGCGGCUGCGGGAAAAGCACAUCCAGGAGGUUCUGGAGCUGCGGGCGCGGCAGGACCGGGAGCUGCAGGAGCUGCACCGUCGGCUCCGAGCCCUCAAAGAGGCCCGGGGGGACCCCCCGAAAUGGGGAGGGGGCGGCGGGACCCCACCCCAGCGUGGCCUCGGGGGGUCCCCGCGGCGGCCUCGGGGGGCCCGGGCGCGAGGGCGGGGCCGGGGCGUGGCCCUGACAGAGGCCUCAGCUCCCUCCCCGGGCCCCCCGACGCCCCCGGCCCCCCCAAAAAAGGGGCUCUUCACCGACGACCUGCACCGGCUGGUGGACGAGUGGGUCCAGGACACGGCCAGGGCCCAGGCCACCUCCUCGUGGGUCUCCACCCUGCGCGGCACUCGUGGGACCCCCCGAAAAUGGGGGGAGCUGCCCCCCCCCAAGCCUGCCCUGCGUGGGGGGGGCAGCCCCCUCCCCCCGGGGGCUGAGUAAAGGGGGGUCCCGACACCCUGCCCCCCCCAAACCCCCUGAUUUUGGGUCAAAAUCCCAAUUUCCAGCCCCCGAAUGGCUUUGUUUCACCCCAAAACCCCCUUUUAUAACCCCCCCAUUGGGUGACCCCAAAUUUCCAGCCCAAAAAUGACCUCGUUUCACUCCGAAAUUCCCCUUUGUUUGGGUCCUGUGGUGUAACCCCUGUUUCUGGCCCCAAAAAUGCCUUAUUUUGCCCUAAAAUUCCCCUUUAUUUGCUGCCCGUGUGGGCUGAACCCACUUUUUGGUCUCAAUUCACCCCCAAAAUCCCGUUUAUAGGAUACUCGACCCCCCCAGUUUCUGACCCCAAAAGCUCCUCAUUUUGAC